AUGCCCCCCAUAACACAGAACGAUAAGACGACCAGACAGUCGUCCGCAGGCAAAGGCUUUUUCAGGCGCCACCGAGACAACAAGUCCGACAGCCGCUACGACUCCGCCGAAACCGCAAGCCUCAACAACCUCAAUGGCUCUUGGGGUUCGCGACAUUCAAAACGAGAAUCCGUCGUUUCCAUCGAUGGCCAAGAGCCCGAUAAUGCUGGUCUUUCUAUGACCGCCGGUGUCAUCACUUCUAUUCCCUACUCCACCACUGCUGGUUCGCAGGCCCCAAUCUCCGUCGAUUACCUUCCUCGAGAGGGCGAGGUCCCUGGCCGAAAAGAGCCUCAACCACAUCAACUAGCAAGAGGUGGAGAUUUCCAUCAAUAUCCUGCUUUUAACGCCCCUACCAAUGGCGCAUCCCAUCCUACAGGGCCCCGGCCCGCGCCCCAAAAUCCAACUUCAACUUCGACCCUGUCUGGCUUGACAAUGGCCACCAGUCAAAUUGGAGAUCGAGGUACAAAAUAUCAACAAUGGGGCCGACCCAGUAGUAGAGAUGGCUCACAGCAUAACCCAUACGACUCGGUGUCUACCACUGACUCAUAUGGUGGCCAAAGAAGGUCCUUUGACGGUGCCAGCAUCCGCUCCACCGCUUCCUCUGCUACGAGAGGCUCCAGUCUCUUCUCCUCUGAGAGCUCUGCACGCACUGCGAUGCCGUCUCGCCAGGAUUCAGACGGGUCGAUGACUGUGAUAUCUCCAACCCAGUCGAGACUGUCAAAGAUCGGUUCUCAUUCCGGCUGGCCCUCUCAACAGGCUUCACCGUUCAACUCUACCACCUCCUUCACCCCAGCCGGCUUUUACCUUCCAAAACCGAAAGAUGAUGCUGAAAUCGAGAAGUUAUUCUUGCAGCUUAUGCAUAAGCGUGGGUGGCAGAACCUGCCUGACCAGGCCAAACGUCAGAUGAUGGCCUACGCUCCCGCGAAGAAGUGGACGCUUGUCCAUCAAGACAGAUUGACCGAGUGGCAGGGUGAACAGAAACGGAGACAGCAAGCCAGGACUACAGGCACUAUUGACGGUCCAACUCCUCGUGAUGUUGAUGGAACUCCCGAGUGGUAUGUCAAGAGAAUUCUCGAUAAUACUAUAACCGCCAAACAGCUGCAAAGUCUGAGUGUCAGCCUACGAACCCAGCCCAUCAGCUGGGUCAAAAUCUUCAUUGAGGCGCAAGGCCAAAUUGCCUUGACAAACGUCUUAAUGAAGAUCAAUCGUCGUCAAGCUAAUGGUCCUACACCUGCCCAAAAUUCCACGACCACGGAUAAAGAUCUCGACAGGGAAUAUGAUAUUGUCAAAUGUCUGAAGGCCUUGAUGAAUAACAAGUACGGAGCAGAUGAUGCUCUCACCCACGAGCAAAUCCCUGUCGCUCUGGCGACAUGUCUGAUAUCACCACGCCUAACAACCAGAAAGUUGGUCAGUGAAGUGCUCACCUUUCUCUGUCAUUGGGACCAGGGACAAGGUCAUCUCAAGGUACUUCAAUCGAUGGAUCAUUUCAAGAACAUGGCAAAUGAGAACGGUCGAUUUGAUGCCUGGAUGCGAAUUGUUGAAGUCACUAUCGAUGGGCGUGGCAAGAUGGGCAGCUUGGUCGGUGCGAGCGAAGAGGUUCGAAGUGGAGGUAUUGGCAUGGAAAACCUCCUGAUGGAAUACGCCGUGGCCACUUUGGUAUUGAUCAACAUGUUGGUCGAUGCUCCUGAGAGAGAUUUGCAGCUGAGAUGUCAUAUACGGGCUCAAUUUAUUGCCUGUGGCAUCAAACGCAUUUUGGUGAAGAUGGAAUCUUUCCAAUACGAUGUGAUCGACAAGCAAAUUGCAAAAUUCCGCGAGAAUGAGGCAAUCGACUAUGAAGAUCUUCUACAACGUGAAGGGAGCAGCAUGGUCGAUAGUAUCGAAGGAGAAGUCAAAGACAUGACGGAUCCCAUGCAAAUAACCGAUGCUAUCAUGUCUAGAGUCCAAGGCACGCGGACCCAGGAUUACUUUAUCUCGGCCAUGCAACAUAUGCUUUUAUUGCGUGAGAAUAAUUCGGAGGAACGACUUAGAAUGUUCCAGCUGGUGGACUCUAUGCUCAGCUACGUGGCUAUGGACAGAAGACUGCCUGACAUGGAUCUCAAACAAAGUCUGAAUUUCACAGUUCAAAGCCUGCUCGACAGAUUACAUACGGACGACGAGGCCCGGAUUGCCUUUGAUGAAGCCACUGAGUCUAGGCAGAUUGCAGAAGCUGCCAUUGCUGAACGAGAUGAAAUGUCCGCACAGAUUGCUCUUGGCGCCGAUGGGUUGGUUCAGAAGCUGCAGAAACAAAUCGCGGAGCAGGCUGGCAUCAUUGAAAUGCAGUCGAGACAAGCUGAGUCGCUGAAGUCUGAAGUUGCUGAACUCCAAAGAAUUAGGGCUCAAGAGUUGCAACGGAAUGAGCUUGAAACCAGAGAGCUGUACCUCAUGCUACGGGAUGCACAAGAUGUGGCCGCUUCGCGAGCUACCAAGGAGGGUCCUGCAACCCAAGAUCCGGUCCAGAUGCAAGGCAUUCUGGACCGGGAGAAGUUGAUGGAGCGGCUUGAGCGAAACCUUGAACGGACAAAGACUCAAUUCAAGCUCGAAGGCAAGGUCUGGGGUCAGACUGGUCCAUCUGACCGACUUCGAGAGCUUCGCGAACAGAUGGACGAAGGGAUCGACGCUGAUUUCCAGGAGAAGACACAACGCCACCUUACGAACAGCGUUAUGGGCAGUGUCCAUCGCAGUAAUGCUACGAAGGGCCCCCGUAGAGCUGCAUUGGGUGCUCUUGCAAUCAGUGAAGAGGCCGACCAAGAAUUGGAAUCAGAAGAUGAUGACGAUGUUAUCUUCGAGAAACCGAGGUUGGUUGAAUUUUCUAGGCCAAAGAUCACCGCCGAUCAACAGUCGAGUCUGCUUGGAGAGAUCGCUGCUAAGGUCAAGAAGUUUGACGAUGACAGUGAUGACACCGUUGAGGAAGGCGAAGACGCUGGUGUUACUACCGGGCCAACACAUCCAAGCUUGGAAUCUGAAUCUCCUAGAACCCCUCUAGACGAGGCUACAACUGUGGCCAAGUUCACUGGCCCACCUCCUCCACCACCACCACCACCUCCUCCAGCAGGCUCCUUGACCCCUAGCUUGAUCCCUGGCUUUGAGUCUGGUCCUCCACCACCGCCACCUCCGCCACCUCCUGGUAUGUCUCCGUUGAUUCCUGGCUUUACUGGAGGGCCGCCGCCUCCGCCUCCACCACCUCCUGGCUCCCUCCCAAUGAGUCCCUUGUCUCCCAUGCCUCCGCCUCCACCGCCAGGGGCUCCUCCUCUUCCCGGUGCUCAACAUGGUCAUUUCUUGCCGCAAUCUCCUCUUGUUCCCGUGCCCAUGCUUAAGAAUCCGAUGAUGCGUCCAAAGAAAAAACUCAAGGCAUUCCAUUGGGAUAAAGUUGACACCCCACAAGUCACUGUAUGGGCUGAGACUGGUAAUGCAGAAGCCAAAGAAGAGAAAUACCGUGAGCUUCAGCGUAAAGGCGUGCUCGAUGAAGUCGAAAAAUUGUUCAUCGCUAAAGAAAUCAAGAUUCUUGGUAGUGGAACAAGUAAAGGCAAGGGCGGCAAGAAGCAACUCAUCAGCAGUGAUAUGAUGAGAAAUUUCAAUGUAUCGAUGUCUAAAUUCAAGAACGAUUCGCCAGAUGAUGUUAUCCGAAAGAUUAUUCACUGUGACAAAGAAGUCCUGGACAACGUUGUGGUCAUGGAGUUCUUACAGCGAGAAGAUCUUUGCACGAUACCCGAGAACCUCUCGAAAUUGAUGGCGCCUUACAGCAAAGACUGGACCGGGCCAGACGCCAUCACAUCGAAGAGGGAGCAAGACCCCACCGAAUUGACUAAAGAAGAUCAAAUUUACCUUCAGACCGCCUAUGAGCUACAUCAUUAUUGGAAAUCAAGAAUGCGUGCGUUGAUGCUGACAAGAACCUUCGAGGACGAGUAUGAUGAAAUUUCCAACAAGCUGAAGGAUGUGGUCAAUGUAUCCGAGGCCAUCCGUGAUUCUACUUCCUUGAUGAGCGUUCUGGCCCUUAUUCUUGACAUUGGUAACUAUAUGAACGACUCCAACAAGCAAGCGUCCGGUUUCAAACUUAGCUCGUUGGCAAGACUUGGAAUGGUCAAGGAUGACAAGAAUGAGACUACCUUUGCAGACCUUAUUGAACGCAUUGUGCGCAACCAAUACUCUGAGUGGGAGGUUUUCAUUGAUGACAUCGGUGGUGUCGUUACCGCCUCCAAACUGAACGUUGAUCAACUCCGGCAAGACGCAAAGAAAUACAUCGACAACGUCAAGAACGUCCAAUCAUCUCUAGAUAGUGGCAAUCUGAGUGAUACUAAGAAGUUUCACCCGCAAGAUCGUGUUGCGCAGGUCGUACAAAGGUCAAUGAAAGAGGCACGGCGCAAGGCAGAACAAAUGCAACUCUAUCUGGAAGAAACCUCCAGAACAUACGAUGAUAUCAUGACCUACUUCGGCGAAGACAACCAAGAUGAGAAUGCCAGAAGGGAAUUCUUCAGCAAGUUAGGAGGCUUUGUGACCGAGUGGAAAAAGUCUCGAGAGAAGAACAUCAGCAUCGAGGAAAACAAGAAACGUAUUGAGAUCAGUAUCGCCAGAAAACGAAAUCUCGCAAGUGCAAAUGCCAGUGGCACUGUCAGUGGUGCUGAAACACCGGGCAGCCCUCCAGCGAAUGGAGCCAUGGAAACUCUUCUUGAGAAACUCCGAGCCGCAGCUCCACAAGUCAAAGAUCAACGUGAUAGGAGACGGCGAGCCCGUUUAAAGGAGAGGCACGAUCAGAGAGUUGCUAGCGGCCAACCACCCCCCGAUGCGCCUAUCAAAGACAGCGUCGAGGAGAGUCGUAACUUGACGAGUCUCGGUGAGAAAGCCAAUGAAGACAAUCUUAGUGCUGAAGACGGCACUAGCGGCAAAGGGGAUGUCAGUGAGAGCGAAGACGUCGCCGACCGAGCGCUGAAAGCCCUGCAGGAAAUGAGAAGCUCUGGACCCUCUCCAAGUGAUGAGAUUGAUGUCAGACGACGACGAGAUGGAGCUGAUGAGGAGAGAAAAAACAGAAGAAUGAGAAGGAGGACCGCUCAGCAGAGCAGUAGUGGGGUCAGGGACUCUAUGCAAUCCCCUACCAAGUCCGAAAUCGACUCGCCAAUCACGGCCACCUUUAAUGGAGAUUCUGGUGGUGACGACAAGAGAUCAUCAGGAGGGACAUUAAGUCCAGUGCUAGCACAGCCGCCACCAGCUAUCGUGGUCAGUCCUACACCAGAUGACGAACCUGAUGUGGAAGAGAAGUAA